ACGGCUCAACACGACAAGAAACUGAAACACAGUCUGACUCGCAAAGCAAGCCUAACCAGGAGCUCUCUCCGUCUUAUUUCCUGUACUUGGAGGCCAUCUUGAGUUGACGGAUUUAUAGCUAUAGGCAUUUGUCUUGCUUUUCUUAUUUGUUACAGUUUCUUUUUUUUGUCCCCAGUUUGUUUCCUUGAAGUUUGGAAGUUUUCCUCUUCAAAGCUGCUUUGGAGUAGUGAGGGAACAGGAAGCAGGAGGAGGAGGAGGAGAGGACGUUUCAUUUCAAAGCUAAACUCUAUCUGUAUUUCUCACCUGCUGCUCCUCUGGAAUGAAAGCCGUAUAGAGGACCUUUCUGUGAAAGGGAGGGCGAGAAGAAAGAAGAGCCACUUCCUGGAAAGGGAUCAGUUGUUUUUAAGCUCUAGUAGACACGGGACACACAGCAGGGACGGCCACUAUUGAUGAGUGAGUGACUGCUGGUGUGUGUAGGUGAGUUUGCUGCCUCACACUACCCAGUCUUAGACAGUCCCUGUCUUUGACUCUUCAGCAUGGCCAACGUCAGUCCCUUCAUGUCUCCGGGACCCAUGUCCCAGGUCUUCUUCCCCCCGGGUGGCCCAUCUCCACCUGGGUCAGUGGUGAUGCAGCAGGGGACACCGGUCUCUGUCCAUACAUCUCAAACUCCAGGGUUCCCUACAGUGGACAUGGGAGUUGCCCCAGGUCCCGGCGGGGCAUCUGGAAUGCCGCCUGGGCCUCCGGCACCAGCCGGUGUCUCCUUCAUGAUACAGAUUGGACUUACUAGAGAGUCUGUGCUUCUACCCCAGACUGCAGACCUGGCCUACGUCAAACAAAUUUCUUGCUCAAUUGUGGAUCAGAAGUUUCCUGAAUGUGGCUUUUAUGGGAUCUAUGACAAGAUCCUCCUCUUCAAGCAUGACACCAACAGCAGUAACAUCCUGCAGCUGGUCAAGGCUGUGUCGGACAUCCAGGAAGGGGACCUGGUGGAAGUUGUUUUGUCAGCUGCUGCUACAUCCAAGGACUUCCAGAUUCGGCCUCACGCGUUAAACGUGCACUCGUAUCGUGCGCCGGCGUUCUGCGAUCACUGCGGCGAGAUGCUUUUCGGCCUGGUCCGUCAAGGACUCAAAUGUGAUGGCUGUGGACUGAAUUACCACAAACGCUGUGCAUUUAGUAUUCCCAAUAACUGCAGCGGGGCGAGGAAGCGGCGUCUGUCCACCACGUCCCUCACCAGCAGUCAGUCUCUGCGUCUGUCCACUGCAGAGUCCCUCAGUAGUCUCAACAGCAGCGUGACAUCUGAAGAAGCCAGUCUCAUCCGAUCGCACACCCAGAUGCCCCGCACCCCCAGUGAGGCCAGGCGCUUUUACACCGGGCGGCCCGUCCACCUGGACAAGAUCCUCAUGACUAAAGUGAAGGUCCCGCACACAUUCGCCGUUCACUCGUACACGCGUCCCACCGUGUGUCAGUACUGCAAGAGACUGCUGAGAGGACUCUUCCGCCAGGGACUCCAGUGCAAAGACUGCAAGUUCAACUGCCACAAGCGAUGUGCAUACAAGGUCCCAAAUGACUGCUUAGGGGAGACUCUUGACAUAUUAAGUCCAAGCACAGACAUGGAGGUGCCGAUGGACUUUAGUAAUGAGUAUUCUGACACUGAUAAGUCAUCUCUGAUGGACGACUCAGACGAGGCCUGCAGUAUCCCUGGGUCUUUCUCCCCAGACAACAACCAGGAUGGAGCCAGUGGAGACCAGAGUGCUAAUAUUCCUCUGAUGAGAGUAGUGCAGUCGAUCAGGCAGACCACACGUCGCUCUAGCACAGCCAUCAAGGAAGGCUGGAUGGUGCACUACAGCAACAAGGACACACUGAGGAAGAAACACUACUGGCGCCUGGACUGCAAAUGCAUCAUCCUGUUUCAAAACGACACCACCAACAAAUACUACAAGGAGAUCCCGCUCUCAGAAAUCCUGCAGGUCCGUCCGGCGGGUGAUUUCUCUCUCGUCCCUCCCGGCACAAGCCCCCAUUGCUUUGAGAUCAUGACGGGUACCAUGAUCUACUUUGUUGGUGAGGACCCCAACACCACCCCGUCCCCAUCAUCCAGUGUGUCUGGUCUGCCCAUCUCAGCCAGCCCCAGUAGUGUUGCACCAAACAGCGGGGUGGGGCGAGAGUUCGCCAAAGGAUGGGAGACUGUUAUACGUCAAGCACUCAUGCCAGUCAUCUUCCAAGACAACCCUCCAGCAGAAGGUCACACUCCUCACCGGCAGGCAUCAGUCAACAUCUCAGUGUCUAACAGUCAGAUUCAGGAGAACGUGGACAUUGGAAUGGUGUACCAGAUCUUUGCUGAUGAGGUUCUGGGCUCUGGACAAUUUGGUGUGGUAUAUGGAGGAAAACACAGGAAAACUGGCCGGGAUGUAGCCGUGAAGGUGAUCGACAAGCUUCGGUUCCCCACCAAGCAGGAGAGCCAGCUGAGGAAUGAAGUAGCCAUAUUGCAGAGCCUGCGACAUUUGGGUAUAGUGAAUCUCGAGUGCAUGUUUGAGACGCCUGAGAAGGUGUUUGUGGUGAUGGAGAAACUUCACGGUGACAUGCUCGAAAUGAUACUGUCAAGUGAGAAAGGACGACUUCCUGAGAGACUCACCAAGUUCCUCAUCACGCAGAUUUUGGCUGCUCUGAGGCACCUUCACUUCAAAAACAUAGUGCACUGUGACCUCAAGCCUGAGAACGUGCUAUUAGCAUCAGCGGAUCCUUUCCCACAGGUGAAACUUUGUGACUUUGGUUUUGCUCGCAUCAUCGGAGAGAAGUCUUUCCGCCGUUCGGUUGUUGGCACGCCAGCUUAUUUGGCCCCCGAGGUCCUGCUGAACCAGGGUUACAAUCGCUCUCUGGACAUGUGGUCUGUAGGUGUGAUCAUGUAUGUCAGUCUGAGUGGAACUUUCCCCUUCAACGAGGAUGAAGAUAUCAAUGAUCAGAUCCACAAUGCCGCCUUCAUGUACCCACCCAACCCAUGGAAACAGAUCUCUCCUGAAGCUAUCGACCUCAUCAAUAACCUGCUCCAAGUGAAGAUGAGAAAACGCUACAGUGUGGACAAGAGUCUCAGCCAUACCUAUCUACAGGAUUACCAGGCUUGGUUGGACCUCCGAGAGUUGGAGUCAAAGCUUGGGGAGCGUUACAUAACCCACGAGAGCGAUGACAGCCGCUGGCAGCAGUACGCCCGUGACCACACGCUGCCCUACCCUCCUCACCUGGUGCCCCCGCCACCUGCGUCCGACGACGACGAGCAGGAGGGUGCGGAGGACGCCGACAUGCAGGGGCUGACAGAGCGUGUUAGCAUCCUUUGAAGAAGAAACCGAGGAGCAGGGCGAGAGGAAUGAAGAGUACAUGCCCGAACUAUAGCAAUUUUCAGUGCACCUCGAGCGUAGGAUGGAGGUAGUCACCUUUCGGGUGUCUUUGGCAGGCCAUCUGAACUCUGGAAUGCAGAUAUUAAGGCUGAGAAAGAACUGUUUUGGAUCCCAUCCGAGACCUUUACAUAGACACAAAGUCAGACUGUUCAUCAUAGGCAUGUGCAAAACAAAUUUUUUUUUUUUCGAAAUUGACAAGUCUGUUUUAACUAAGCGCUAAUUUAAUUUGGCUGGUUUUGGGUUCGCCUCACCUAACUAGAUGACUUUUUGAAGAUGCGGUCACAUUUAGCCAUAUUCUGCGUAUUUUCGCAGGCAAAAUCCAGUCUGUUCAAUGGAAAUCCACACAAUCAUGAAUUUUAUGUGAGGACGAAAGAUUUCCCCAUGCAGAUUUUGCAACUGGUUGAAAUUGGUCACACACAUUUGCCGCAUUUACCAACUGAAAGCUACUUGGUUUGAAAGUGAAUUCUGUGUGAAUGGAGCUUCAUUCAUCGCUAAACUAUUGACAAUAGACAGUAGAAGUUUUUUGCCUGCAAAAGUUUGCUAAUGUGACCGUACCUCACCAAAAUGGAAAAGAGCCGACCGAAAGAUCUCAAGACAUGGUUUUAAAAUUUGGACUAUUUAAACAGCAUUUAAAAAACUUGUUGCAGGACAUUUAAAAAACGGUGCAAGAUGUGACACAAUGGCCAGAGACGUUCUUCUGAAUGUGUCUUUCCUGACUGUGGUGCUUUGAAGGUGAUGAAUAAAAGGCGCAAAAUGUUUUAAUGUUCAAAACUGUCUAAAGGUGUGGACACAUUUACCGGUGCUUCUCGAAACUUUGUGGCCAAAGUCCAGUCAUUUCAAUAUGAACCUGUGCAAUCGGGAGUUUCGUGCGAAAAAUUUCCCCAAGCAGAUUGCACUCACAUUCAAAUUGGUCAUGCAUAUUUGCCGCAUUGACCAACAGAAAGCUGAAAGUGACUUUUGUGUGAACGGUGCUUCUUGCAUGAACAAUUUUUUGCCCACAAAAUGUCACCCAGAUUUUGCCAUUGUGAUCUAUACUGCUAAAGCGCAGCAUGCGUUUAAUAUGCAAAUUAAAGUACUGGACUAAUCGUUAAUCGAAAAAAGUUAGUCAAUCCCACUAACUGACUAAUCGACCAUCAUGACCCGGGAUGGGUUUCGUUGAUCACAACAGAUUGAUGUCAAGACGAUAAUCCCCAGGUCACAAGAAAUGUAUCAGUCAUUAUACAAUAUGCAGAGGAAAAGACAUAUCUAUUACGCUGGGUUAUUUUCUUUUUUGUGGUCUGUGGUGAUGUCACCUUUAGUUUCAUAUCCACUUUUUCAUAUUACUGAGAAUCUUUUUGAAAAAUAACCUGGAAGAAGGCCCACAUUCUGGUGUUUUCCAGUAUCGUCAUCGGUUUGCCCUGCAGGUGCAGGUGACUUAACCUCUGAGAAUGGAGGUUAUCUUAUGAGGACUGAUAAGCGGACUGCCCUUUCGGCCUUAUCACCUUGUGCACAAAGACUACCUAGACUGUUCUCAGAUCAGCUGCUGUUAGCAACCCGCUAGUUCAGCUGAUCUUUGUACUAGCUGUACUGGAUGUGUAUUACUCCUAACUGACCCUAGACCUGAGCAUUAGGCUGCAUGUCACUGAGAAUUAGGUUUGCUUGAAACUUAUUGCUAUGAAGGACUAUUUUGUACACAUGUAACCUUAGAUAUUAUGAUGUAGUUUGUGGAAGUUAAUGUCGGAGCAUUUCCAGCAGGUAUAAUAAACAUGGUGAUGCAUAAA